AACUUGAACGAACACUUGGACGUGAAGGUUUGACGUCAUAAACAGGAGAAGCGCUCUGACCACCAUUGCGAAAAGAGAAAGAAAACAUGUCGAAACAUCAACUUCUUGCAGCAUUAUUUCUUGUAGCACUAACAGCUAAAGUGGCACACGGAUGCUCGUGCAUGGGGGCAUCGGGACGUUGGAUGACAUUGGAGGAACGAGUUGCAACAGCUGAAUUUGCUGCGCUCGCUAAUGUAACGUCAGAUGUGAUUUCGUCACCAAAAGGACUUUAUUACGAAAUUAACAAGGAAUGUGUCCUUAAGACGCCGAACGGGACGGAUGUAGGAAGGGCGUAUGCGACAAGUCGGCUGAAGCCCGAAGGUAUGAGGACAUCCUGUGAUGGGGCGGACUUGGCAAAAGACAAAGUUUAUUUGAUAAUAGGUGGCUUAUAUAACAGGGACAAUCCAGAUACCGACUCUGUGCUGUAUUCGGGGUGUGGCGGAUUUGUUGUAGAAUGGGACAGAGUGACCUCGGACUUCAAGAAUGAUUUGAAAAAGAUGCUAUCGUUUGAUAACUGUUAAAGUGAAAAAUAUAACACAUAUAGCAAUUUUUUCCGUCUCAUUUGUAAGCCAAACAAACAAACAUUUAGAUUGUUUGAUUGGUGCAUUUUGAUUGUACUCGUAUUUCUAAAAUAAACCAUAUAUUAGUUAAAAUUUGUUUAAGCAAAAUUACUUUGUUGUGUAAGCAUGUUUGUUUGUUUUGGUUUUUCGGCGCACCAACGCAAUAUAAGUCGUAUGGCGCAAACUGUGUUACAAACUUUAAAGCAACAUUCGUGUUUAAAACCACCUCACCCGCUGGAGCUAAUAGAUGCAUAUACUUCAGUAAUUUGAACCCAUUUUAGUCGCCUCUUAUGAUCACCAGGGACAAAUGGUCCUCAGCCAUUUGACGGCAACUCCUCAGCCACAAUUGCAUAUCAAAAAGUCUGCCUUGAACAUAAUCUUCUUCAUCUUACGAGUAUAUAAUUAUUUUGUAAUUCAAGGAGCUACAUUCAUCAUAAGGUCGUAAAUUAGUAUAUUUCUUCUUCUAAUUGAUGCAUAUUAAUGAGCGUUGGUAAGACUUAGAACAACAUAAUCAUGUCUGCCCAAACGCUCUUUAUCAACAAUAUGGUACACAUUUGGUGUACCCGCCAUUUAUUGUAUGUAGGGAAUUCGAUAUAUUUACGAACCCAGUUGCAUGUCCCUUCACUGAAGGUCAAUUUUGGCCGCCAUUUUUUCAUAGCUACAUUCGGUAAGUAUAACUGGACUCGUAAGAUCCCAAUUUCAAUUCAAUUCGCAAUAUUAAAUACAUAGCUCAUUAACCUUAACUUUAAUUAUAACACCCUGUGUGACAAUAACAUCAUUUGAGUCGAUUCUUGACAAAUGUCCACGCCUUAAUGAUGUAAUUACGAUUAAAUAUCAAGUUUCUUUUUGUUAUAACAAUAGACUUAAAGUGGUAACAGCGCCGGGAUUGGUGAUCCUUCUUUGCUUUGCUCUUCAUUUUGAGAAUGUCUGCGCGAGAUUAUGCACUCGUUAAAUAAAACAAUUAUAUUGUUAAAAGCUAAAUAAACAAUGUCGAGUUUUA